CUUUGACGUGCCGAAAUGACGCUACAAGCGAUUAAAUGGGAAAACGGCAGACUGGAGAUCCUCGAUCAGAUACUGUUGCCGGCGAUUUCUCGGUACAUUCCUGUCAAAGGUGUGGAGGAUGGUUGGAAAGUGAUCAAUAAUAUGCAGGUUCGAGGUGCACCAGCUAUAGCCAUUGUAGGCUGUUUAAGUUUAGCGACAGAGAUUAAGAAUGAAGAAUACAUGGACAAAAAGAGUCUUCGAAGAGACAUAGAGGGUAAAUUGAAUUAUUUAGUGUCUGCCCGUCCAACAGCAGUUAAUAUGAAAAUUGCAGCAGAAGAAUUAAUUCAGUUGGCUAAUAAACUUAGCAAAGAUGAGACUGUUAAUGUCAUUGAAAUGAAACAAAGGUUUCUUCAAGCCAUAGAAGCUAUGCUUGAUAAGGAUGUUGCUGAUAAUAAAGCAAUUGGAGACUAUGGUGCACAAGAGAUUUUAAAAAAUGUGUCUGGGGAUAACUUUGUCAGAAUUUUGACACAUUGUAAUACUGGCAGCCUUGCGACAGCAGGUUAUGGCACAGCUUUAGGUGUUAUUAGAUCUCUCCAUAAAAAAAAUAGUCUUGAACAUGCAUAUUGCUCAGAAACAAGGCCAUACAAUCAAGGAGCACGAUUGACUGCAUAUGAAUUAGUUUAUGAAAAAAUUCCUGCCACUCUCAUUUGCGAUGACAUGGUAGCAGCACUAAUGAAAUCAAGAAAUAUUUCUGCUGUAGUCGUUGGAGCAGAUAGAGUCGCAGCAAAUGGUGAUACCGCAAAUAAAAUUGGAACUUAUCAAAUUGCAAUUGUAGCUAAGUAUCAUAAUGUCCCAUUCUAUGUGGCGGCACCACGAACCUCUAUAGACUUUAGUAUACCUAGUGGUGAUCAUAUUAUUAUCGAAGAAAGGCCAGAAAGGGAAUUAACCCAUAUUAACAAUCAGCGAGUCGCUGCACCUGGAAUACAGUGCUGGAACCCAGCCUUCGACGUAACCCCUGCUAGUCUGAUUAGAGGCAUUAUAACAGAAGUUGGAGUGUACAGACCCAAAGAUUUGAUACAAUUGAAGAACUGUGAGAACUUGUAAAAGCAGAAGUGACUAAUACAAGGAAAGAGAAAAUCUUUUUGAUGCAUUUAUACAAAAGGAUUAAUUAGUGGUUCCAAUGUUACAAAAAACUUGUUAGCAGGUCUUGUUUAUUUAAAAAUUUCGCGUUAUAAUAAAAUUGUUGGCAGGUUACGCUUAUUUCAAACGUUAAGCCUGAUGAACGCAGAAAAAUGUACCGUGGAUAUACGUAUUUGCGUUUAAAAAUGCCUUAUUAACCUCGCUGUGAUUUUUACAAAUAUAUUUAUAGUGAUGACUACCUUGAAUAGAUAGUUGUAUUGAUAUUACGAGAAAAUAUCGCUAAUCGUGAUUACAAAAUAUAAAAUAAUCGAAAACA